CAAUGUACCAAUACAACUAAGAAUGGGGAUUGCUCAUACUGUUGCAAUGACAAUUUCUGUAACAGCGCCGGAUGUGGUGAUGCUGGUUUCCAGAAUCCAUCUACGAGGGGACCAUUAUGUAUGAAUUGUUCAAAAGUAACAUAUAAGGAAAUGUGCCACAAUAUUCAACUAUGUCAAAUGGACCAGGUUUGCCGGAUAGAAAAAUUGGACACUGGAAAUAAUUUCGUAUACAAUAUGGGCUGCACUGAUCCUCAGACAUGUACUUCUAAGCGGUCCAUCGACGGCUUCUCUCCUCGGGAUGUUCCGGUUUGUUCUCAUUGUUGCCGACCAGAUUUCUGUAAUCUUGAAUGCUCAAGCGGAGGAACCGGGCCUUCUAUCGUUGGUAUGUAAUUUAUAGCAAUACUAUAGAGAUGAAUUAUUUCAAAGAUACAAUCGUUGUUCUCUUAUACAAUUAACAUCUGUUCUUUAUAUAUUUUGUGUGUCCUAAGCCAAACGGAUACUUAAUAUAAACACCUGUCAGGAACACCUUCUUAUCACUUGUUUAUAUUCACUUUAUUGCAUUUUUAUAUUAGAAACUAUAUUCUUGCAUAUCAGACUGGCGUUUCCGUGAGUUUUACCCAUGCCGGAAAUUUCAUCUGGCAUGGGGGGUUCCAGAUGAGUCGCGUGCUGUACAAUGGCACGAUUAGGAUGACGUCAUUUUACCGUUAUGAAUGAAGUUGUAAUUCAUACGCCGUUGUAAGAAAGUAGUUAUGGUUGUAAUGAUAUUAAUUUUCAUUGAAAAUAAAGAUAAAGAAUUUAAAGUAUAAUGGAAUAUGGUAGAAUAUGCAAGAAAAAAUAUCUGACAUAUGUUUGCGGUCCGGAUCGGAAUAUCCGUCCCUCGGUCACCCGCCCAUGGGCGGUAACUCGGCAAGCCUCGUUACCGCCCAAUGGGCGGGUCACCUCGGGACGGAUAUUCCGAUCCGAACCGCAAAAUAUGACAGAUAUUAUUAUUAUAUAAAUGCAUUAACUUCAUUUGAACUGCAAACUUCGCCAAAUAGUUAGUUUAGAUUAAUCAAACAUCUGCGUUAGAUUAAAUGAACAUUUAUCACAGACAUAUAACAAAAUGAACUUCAUUUUGCUUCUUAUUUCAUAAAUGAUCUUUUGUUUUCA